GAUACUACAAACCAGGAAGUGACAAAUAAUGUCGUUUAAGCCACUUAGAACUUCCUUUUUGUAAGAAAAAGCUUCUCUGAAUAAAAUUAGGAGACUGAAGCUGUGAUUUUACAUAGUUGUUGUGAAAUAUUUGGAGCUCUGCAGCAGAGGAAGGCUUUGUAGCACACUUAGACUGCAAAGCUUUCUGGGUCAGAAAUUGAUCUUCUGACUUGCCCCUUAUCUGAUUACUGCUUGGUUCAUCUUUAUUUUGUCAGAGCGCUCUGUAGCCUGAAACGGGGAGACUGUCCUUUGUUCCCAGAGCCUGACCAGACAGGAAUUCUGGCAGCUGGUCCAGCAGAACUAUGGCACUGAGCUAGGCCUGAAUGCUGAAGAGAUGGAAAGCUUGUCACUGUCAAUUGAGGACAAUGGGCAAGCAAGAACUCCAGGAAGAAGCAGUUUGGAUGACUCUGGUGAAAAAGACGAAAAAUUAUCCAGAUCCAUCAGUUUUACUCGUGAGUCAAUUAACCGAGUUUCAGAAACAGAGUCCCUGGAUGGAAAUUCACAAAAAAAGGGGUUAGGGAAAGAAGAUUCUCCAAAUGAGAAGCAGGUCAAAAAGAGUCCCCUACUAACUUCAGAAAAGCGGUUAAGUAGAGUCCCAUCAAAAGCCCUGGACUUGAAUAAAAAUGAGUAUCUUUCCUUGGACAAAAGCAGCACUUCGGAUUCCAUUGAUGAAGAAAAUAUUCUUGAGAAAGAUCUUCGUGGAAGACUUUAUAUCAACCGUGUUUUUCACAUCCCUGCUGAGAAAAUGUUUGAAUUGAUUUUCACCAGCUCACGCUUCAUGCAGAGAUUUUUCAAUUCCAGAAAUAUAAUAGACGUAGUAUCUACUCCUUGGACUGUGGAAGCUGGAGGUGAUCAGCUGAGAACCAUGACCUACACUAUCGUACUUAACAAUCCUCUUACCGGGAAAAGCACCAGUGCCACCGAGAAGCAGACUCUGUACAAAGAAAGUCGAGAAGCACAGUUUUACAUGGUAGAUGCGGAAGUCCUGACUCAUGAUGUUCCCUACCAUGAUUACUUCUAUACUGUGAACAGAUACUGUAUUAUUCGAUCUUCAAAACAGAAGUGCAGGCUGAGAGUUUCUACAGAUAUGAAAUACAGAAAGCAUCCAUGGGGCAUUAUCAAAUCUCUUAUUGAGAAGAAUUCCUGGAGUUCGUUAGAGCACUAUUUCAAACAACUUGAGUCGGAUUUGUUAAUGGAAGAAUCUGUGUUGAAUCAGUCCAUUGAAGAACCUGGAAAACUUAGUGGCCUGCGAAGGAGAAAGCGCACAUUCAACCGGACAGCAGAAGCACCCCCUAAACUUUCUUCUCAGCGUUCUUCUGGAGAUGUAGCCUUCGAGGCCAAAGGGGAUCUCACAGGAAGAAGGAAGAAGGAAGUGGAAGACUACAGCACCGCCCUGGUGGUGGUGAUGAGUAUUUUUUUGCUGUUGCUAGUUUUGCUCAAUGUGACACUAUUUUUGAAACUGUCCAAGAUAGAACAUGCUGCUCAGUCCUUUUACCGGCUCCAUCUCCAAGAAGAAAGAUCUUUAAAUUUAGCCUCUGAUGUGGUGUCAAGAGCAGAAAAUACUCCAAAAAGCAAAGGUCAAGCCCAUCAUUUAAAAGGAGUGCUCCAAGACUCCAUAGUGAUGCUUGAACAGCUGAAGAGCUCCCUUGUGAUGCUUCAGAAAACUUUUGAUCUACUAAAUAAGAACAAGACUGGUACGGCUGUGGAAGGCUAGUGAUCUGAAGGCCUGCAACUGCUGACAGCUUGACGCUCAAAGAGAACACCUGCAAGAAACCAGAGGGUGAAGGACUUUAAUGGUUGUGGGAACAUUGCCAUGUUUUCUCCUUACUGAGAUUUCUAGUGUUUCUAAGUCUUUUCAAAAACAUUUAUUUGAUAAUUAGAUGAUUCACUUCUUACACAUAUUUCUUUUUUU